AUGGUCUUCUUCUACGCAACAAAGAAACAGAGCAAGAAUCUGGUAGAAUCCAGCGUUGGUCCCUGUCAGUUCUGUACUUCGCCGGGAUCAGUGGAUAUAGUGGAACAUCACUCUCAGACAGCGCUGUUUGGUUUGUGGAACACGAAAGACAUUGUCCAUCGAAUGGCGACCUGUCGAAAAUGCGGAAAGAGUAUCAAAGAGAUUUACUACACCAAGAGGGAAGUUCCUAUGAAACAGGAUGGGGCAGUGGCGGUUGCGACUACCACAGUGGUUGCCGAGGCCAAAGCUGCUUCUUCCUAA